CCCAAAAGAUGGACACCCCUUCGAUGGUGAACGGCACCGAAGUAAACGACCGCUUGCUCUUCGGCAUUGUAGAUUAUAUCGUCUUCAGCGCCAUGCUCGUGGGUUGCUCUGGCGUCGGCGUCUACUUUGGUUUCAUCAAAAUUGCCACUACUGCCGAGCAGUAUUUACUAGGAGGCCGCCGAAUGGCUAUCAUCCCCGUUGCUGUCUCGCUGGUUGCCAGCUUCGUCUCGGGCAUAACUCUGAUCGGCAUUCCAACUGAGCUGUACCUCCGGGGCACGCAGUACGCCUUCAUGAAGGUGCCCAUUCUGAUUGCUCCCGUGUUCGUUGGCUUCACGUAUCUGCCAGUCUUCCACGAGCUCCGCAUCACGUCGACCUACGAGUACUUGGAAAUGCGAUUUGGAAAAAGCGCCAGGCUGCUGGGUUCAUUCCUUUUCAUUGUGAGCAUUAUAACAUGGAUUCCCAUUGUCAUCUACAUUCCAGCACUCGCUUUUAACCAAGUGACUGGCAUCAACGUUCAUGUAGUAACUCCCUUAGUCUGCGUGGUCUGCAUAUUCUACACUUGUGUGGGCGGACUCAAGGCUGUCGUGUGGACAGACGUCAUACAGACCGGGUCGAUGUUUGCGGCCGUCAUCCUGGUUGUUGUCAAGGGAACCGUGGACGUGGGCGGGCUCGGUGUCGUCUGGCAAAGGAAUGCGGACACCGGCAGGAUGGAACUACCCGAGCCAGGUUUUGACCUCACCACUCGUCACUCCUGGUUUGGCAUUCUCGUGGGCGGUUUCUUCGGCAUGCUGAAUCUGGGGGUCUCCCAGAUGGCGAUCCAGAGGUUCGCCUCCAUCGAGAGUCUUCCCAAAGCUCGCCUGACAAUGUGGAUGUUCCUGAUAGGUGCCAUGAGUCUCAAUUUGAUGAGCUGUUACACCGGUCUUCUCAGCUUCGCCACGUUCUUCGACUGUGAUCCGAUCAGUACAAAACAAGCGACUGCCAAGGAUCAGAUAGUUCCCCUACUGGUGAUGCACACCCUGCAGGGGUGGCCCGGCCUCCCAGGAGUCUUCGUAGCAGGUAUCUUCAGUGCCGCUCUCAGCUCGAUGUCGACAGCGCUGAACUCGAUCGCCGCGGUGGUGCUGGAGGACUUCGUGAAGACGUUCUUCGGCCCAGACUGUCUCACCCAACGCCAAACAAACAUACUUCUGAAGAGCACUGUAGUCGUUUUCGGUGUCAUCUGUACUGUGCUCGUUUUCGUUGUCGAGAAACUCGGCACUGUCCUGCAGCUGUCCAUAUCGCUGGGUUCCAUGACAACGGGUCCUGUCUUGGGCGUCUUCAGCGCUGGCAUGUUCCUGCCGUGGGUGAACACAGUCGGUGCCAUCCUCGGAGGAAUGGUGGGGCUCGGCUACAUGGCGUGGGUGGUGCUAGGAACGCAGGCGUACAUGGCCAGCGGCCACCUCACCAUCCCCGGCAAGCCCAUGUCCAUCGAGGGCUGCAGCGAGGAACUCCUGCGGGCCGUCAACGUCACGGUAGCCUCCGUGGAGACCACGGCAGCGCCGGAGCUCGUCAGCGAGGUGCCGUACAUCUUCCGUGUGUCGUACCUCUGGUAUAUGGUGAUGGGCCUGGUGGUGACCCUGGUAGCGGCGUUGCUGAUCAGCUUUGUGACAGGGCGACGUGACCCUGCGACGCUGGAUCCCCGCCUGGUGACGCCCAUGAUGCGUUGGUUGCUGCCCAAAGACAGCAAGAAGGCUGCGGCGCUGGCGGAGCGCAUCAGAGGCACGGUGCCCACGUACGAAGGCUACAAGGCUGUGAAGAUGCAGAUUAUCCUUGCUGACAAUGAAAAGGGGAAAGAAGCCAAAGAAGAACCGUGAAGCCUCAUCUACAUACUGUGCGUCUCCCUCAGAAGCAGAGCGUAAUGACGCAAAAGGACGGACACCUACUGCAGAAGCGCAA